CUCUGCAAACUUGCGGGGAGGGAAAGCCGGCCAGCGACGUGGAGUGGAGUGGAGUGGUCGUUGCAGAGUAAAGGAGCGCGUUAGCGGCGGAUAGCGCUACUCUUCCCUUCUGCUGUGUUCCGGGCCGGCGAGCGGCUGAUCGUGUGACGAUGCCUUACGAGCUGAGUAAAGUGUUUGCUUGCCUCCCUCAAGUGGAAAGAGGAGUUUCAAAAGUUCUUGGAAGUGAUCCUAAAGGAAUCAACUUUCUUUACACCAAUAACAAAAGUGUCAUCAUAAGGAACAUCGAGAAUCCAGGAAUUGCGGAUAUAUUUACUGAACAUGCUCGUCAAGUUCAAGUUGCCCAGUAUUCACCCAGUGGAUAUUACAUUGCUUCAGGGGAUAUUUCUGGAAAAAUUAAAAUUUGGGAUACUACCCAGAAGGAACAUUUGGUCAAAUAUGAAUACCAACCAUUCUGCGGCACAAUCAAAGAUAUAUGUUGGUCUUCAGAUAAUCAAAGGGUUGGAGUUGCUGGAGAAGGCAAGGAAAAGAAUGCUGUAGUCUUACAAUGGGAUACAGGAACUUCAUCUGGGAACGUGACAGGACAUAGCAAAGUCAUAAACAGCAUCUCUCUUAAACCAAGUCGCCCAUUCCGUGCUGUGACUGGUAGUGAUGAUUAUUGCUGUGUGUUCUAUGAAGCAUAUCCUGUGAAGUUCAAGUUUACAAUCAAUAGCCACUCAAAGUUCGUUAACUGUGUGCGAUACUCUCCUAAGGGAAAAUUGUUUGCUUCAGCUGGUGCGGAUGGGAAGAUUUUUCUCUAUGAUGGGAAAGAUGCAACUCAGUUAAGUUCUCUUGGACAUGAUGAGGCCCACAGUGGAGGUAUAUAUGCUAUUAGUUGGAGUGAUGAUGAAAAAUAUCUCCUUUCUGCCUCUGGUGAUAAGACUGUUAAACUAUGGGAUGUUGAAGCCAAUACUGCAGUGACAACAUUUAACAUGGGAUCUGAUAUACUGGACCAACAAUUAGGUUGCAUGUGGCACCCAAAAUAUCUGCUGAGUAUUUCACUUUCUGGAUAUAUCAACUAUCUGGAUACAGCAAAUCCCAACAAACCUCUCCGUGUUAUCAAGGGACACUCCAAGUCAAUUCAGUCUUUGACUGUUCACACUGAUGAUGGGAAGCAAUCUAUUUACUCGGGCAGCCAUGAUGGUCAUUUAACUUACUGGGAUGCUCCAUCUGGAGAGAAUGAUGCUUUUUCAGGGAAAGGCCAUACCAAUAUGGUAUCAUCUAUGAUGAUCAAUGAUGCAGGUGAAAUUGUCAGUUGUGGUAUGGAUGAUACUGUGCGUUACACCAAAUUGAUCAACAAAGAGUACAAUGCUGAAAAUACAGUAAAGCUGGAUAUCCAACCCAAGAAAUUAGCAGUUGGCCCUGGUGACUAUACAGUGGUUACUUGUAUUAACCAGAUUAUACUUCUGAAGAACAAGAAGAAAGUUUUUACUGUUGAAAAUCCUGGUUACGACCCAGAAUCUGUGUCAAUUCAUCCUGGAGGAGUAACUGUGGCUGUUGGAGGAAAUGAUAACAAAGUACACCUAUAUUCUAUUGAAGGAAACACAUUGCAGAAAAAUGAAAAAGUUUUGGAGCUUGAUAACAGAGCACUUGUUAUUGAUCUAUCUUAUUCACGUGAUGGUGCAACCCUUGCUGUCUGUUCUGGAAAUAAAAUAACAACAUUCACGGUUGGAGAUGAUUAUAAGCAAGCAGAUGAAUUCUAUGGCCAUCAUGCUAAAAUUAUCUGUAUCGGAUGGUCUCCAGACAAUGAGCACUUUGCAACUGGUGGAAUGGAUGGAUUGGUCUUUGUUUGGAAUCUGGAGGAUUCAACUAGAAAAAUCAAAAUCCCAGAUUCUCAUCGAUUGUAUCAUGUUGCCUGUGUUGCUUGGAUAGAUGAACAUACUUUGGUGACAACAUCCCAUGAUGCUUCUGUAAAGCAGUGGACCAUCACCUACAACUGAACAAGCUGGUAUAUCUUGGGAGGGUACCUAGAAUUUCAAGGACUAGGGUUGCUGCUGUAGAAACUUAGUGUGGAGCAAAAUAUUUCUUUGCCCAGUGGGCCCACAUCACAAUCUCAGUUCUAAUAUACUAUGUUUGGAAAGCUUUAGCAGACGUAAAUUUGCACGCAUAAAGCACUUGUUAACAUAAUCUCUGGAGUUUAGUCUUGUAUGUUCAACAUUCCAGAGGCAACAGCCUUAUUUUUAUUCCUAUCACCCCUACUUGCAGCUUUCUUUUUGUUGAAGACCAGAUUCAUGACGUAUUGAAUUAAAUUGACAGUGUCAAACUACAACUGAAGAAUAUUUCUGUAUAGUGGCAAGAUAAUUAAUGUGUGAUUGGAAUUGAUGCAAGUGCAGCUACUGUAUAUUGUACAUGUUAUUUCUUUUGCUUUUGAAAUCUGUACUGCACAUUUAUUGCCUCAAAUGUUCUCCAGAUCAGAAAAAUACCUAAUAAACUUUUUAAUGCUUUAAGAAUUCAACAAUUGGAGUACUUGA